GUAUAAAAUAUUGGCUCUCGCUCUGCAUCCUUGGUGCCUCCAUAUUUGCCUUUUCCUCUGACUUGCUAAACCUACCAUUACCUUUUUCUUCUUGUCAUCUGCAUUCAUGGCUUUUGUAGCCAGGCAAUGGUUUCUCCUAUCCAUCAUUAAUGUAGUGGUUGUCUGUUUCUUGAAACCAUUUGCCCUAGGCGAACAACAGGUCCCUUGCUACUUCAUUUUUGGAGACUCACAAGAUGACAAUGGCAACAAUAAUCACCUGAACACCACUGCCAGGGCAAAUUAUCCACCUUACGGCAUUGAUUUCCCAGAAGGUCCAACUGGUCGCUUCACCAAUGGUCGAAAUCAUGCAGACUUCAUUGGUGAGCUCCUUGGAUUUGACAGCUACAUACCUCCAUUUGCAAAUACAAAAGGCCGGGAUAUCACUAAAGGCAUUAAUUAUGCUUCGGGAGCAUCUGGAAUUCUUGAUCAGACCGGUCGUCACCUGGGCGAUCUCUUCAGCUUCAACGAACAAUUGCACAAUCACGAGAGAGCAAUUUCGCGCAUCGUGCGGUUGAUUGGAAACAGAUCUGCAACAAAAGAAUAUCUAGCCAAAUGUCUGUACACUGUUGCAUUGGGGAAUAAUGAUUACAUCAACAACUACUUGUUGCCAGAAUAUUAUCCUACCAGCCACCUAUAUACUCCAAGAGAAUUUGCCAGCUUGUUAAUUAGGCAUUAUUCUCAGCAACUACGGACUUUGUACAGAUUGGGGGCAAGAAAAAUAGCCGUUUUUGGGCUUGGUUGGCUUGGCUGCAUACCUGCUGAGUUAUCUACAGAUGGUAACUGUGUGGAUUCUAUUAACGAGGAAGUUCUGUUAUUCAAUGACAAGCUCAAGCCACUGGUUGAUGAACUGAAUACCGAGUUAAGCGGUGCACAAUUUCUUUAUGUAGAUGUGAUAGCAAUCAAUUUGAACAAUUUAUCCACCCCUGCAGAAAUUACAAUUGGCAAUGCACCAUGCUGCAACGUGUCUGCAGCAGUUGCUGGUGGACAGUGUAUUCCUGGGCAAAUUCCCUGCAGCAACAGGAACCAAUAUUAUUUUUGGGAUGAUUUCCAUCCCAGUGAAGUAGUCAAUGAAGCAUAUUCAAGAUUAGCAUAUUCUGCGUUAUCCUCAUUACUUGAUGCUGAUCCUCUUGCCAUUGGCGGCCUAACAGGCAAAAACUGUCAUGAUAAAGUGAAGAUACAAUAGACUGUAUCUAUGUGUCCCAUGAUAUUUCUAUAUUCCAAGUUUCCGACAAGUCAAACUCAAUGUAAUAAAACUUGAGAGUCCGAAUGUGCUAGUGUGAUGUUAUCUCCUCAAUGGAAACAAUAUGUUAUCAUUAAUCUCAGACUAUUUAUAAUUACUAUUAGAAUUGUGUAAAAGCCCAAUGUCUGUGCAGAAUCCUCGUUCAAAGUUUAUUAAGUGUUCUUAUAGUUCUAAAAGACCUUUAUGUAAUCA